AUGGCUUCUAGCCCAGGAAACGUAGCCCCAACCCCGGGUGGGAGUUUCGAUCACAUCCAUUACUGCCCUGCCUGGACAGACCCGAACUGGCAGGAUGAAGGCCCUGAACGGGAUGCGAGCAUCUUUGACAUCAAAGACAGUGUGUUUGAUCGUAUACGCCCAGCUCUGCUGCCUCGAGACCGCUUCAAGAAACCAACCAUUUACGCUCAACGAUUUGGUAUCUUUCCUGGUCGAACCGAUGGCCGUUCGAGAACGUCGCCCACACGAGCUGAGAGUCGAGCUAUCUUCCCUGCCAGUGCUGAUAUUCGAAAUGGAAAGGAACUAUUUGGACGUUUCGAAGAUUUGGCCAAGGCAGAAAACGAGCACGUCGAUGAUUACAUGGAGAGGACAAGGCCGGAUAUGCAAAAUUUAGAUGAAAUUGAACAAAGAUUCAUGCAACAGUAUGAAGAUCUAGUCAUAGAUGAAAACUGGCAGAGCAUCCUUUUCGGAAGCUUAACCAUGGACGAAUUACAGGCCGAGGGGUAUUUUUCGAUGUGCGAUACCGAACUUAACGGCCUCAAGGGCCAGGUCUCAGAACUUUUCAAGCGUGAAAGAUGGGUGGACACCAGUUGCUAUGGUAAGACGGCUGAGGAGCCUCGUUUGAUAUAUACCCUCAAUGGGAACCGCGAAGAAUGGAACGCAAGGACCAACGAUCGAGUGUGGGAUGCGAUGCAGCCUUCCAUCCAACUCGCCUCGCGGUUUCUCAGGAUGGAUGACACCUUUCUCGAGAGUCUCCUCGACAUCACAAACAGACUGUGGGUCGACCGCAAACUAUUUGAGCAACAGGACGGACAAGACCGAGACGAUAAAAUUAAAUUCGUUCGAAACCUAGACCCAAAUGAUCAGUCUAGGCUCGACGGAGCGAAAGCUGUCAAAGACAGUGGUAUAGACCCCAGAGAAGCCACUUGGCAGGCCCUGCUUCGAAUAUUCAAGAUAGAACUAACCAGCGGCUUCUUGUCCGAUGGGAAACAACAAAGAGACCACUGUGCAGGGAUUACACAAACGUGGAACACAUACCCGCCUGGAAGCAGCUUGAUCGUCAGGAUCGAUUGUGAGUUGGUUUGGCCCUUGAUCAAUGAUACGUACAGCAACAGCGAAAAGUUGAAGGCCAGCCUGAUACUCGGAACUACGAUAGCCCACGAGAUGAUGCAUUCGUUUUCCAGUGCUCCUGUCAAGUGGUUAACCGAUCCGGCCUCGAUUGGGAUAGCUCGACCUGAACAAGUCUUGGCCUGCAAGCAGCUCUUGCGUUCAUUGCGUGAUUUUGAACACAGAGAUCUCCAUGAUGAGCCUUAUUUUGAGGAUGACGCCUACUCCGAGGUUGGCCAUGCCUUUGAAACACAUGUCAUGGGAGGUGGCUAUUGGUCGUUUGCAACGGAUAUGUGUAGGCAGAGGCCUGCGCUACUCCAGACGGCGGCUGGCCUCGUAGCUUUCAGUGAACAUUCCGAUAGUCUCGCUAAUGUCCCCCCUGUGCUGCAGUACCCCUUAACGCGAAAUAUCAAGAUCUCCCACUAUAUUCGAACAGAAGAUGUCAAGAAAUACUUUACACAACCUUUCUGGGACGUUGCGAUGCAGAAAUAUGGCACGGCCGCUCUAAGAGAACCAUCUAAAAAGCCUCAUAAAAUCACAUACUACCCCGCGGAUGAUGGUUAUGACACUUACGAUUUUGGCGACAUCCCUCUAGGCAUUUUGGACGACAAGGACUGGUUAGAAGACUUCAUGAAAGGGCUCGGCGGUAGAGGAAAUAUUGUGCUGAAGAGCUAUCUGAACAACCUGAUCAACGAAGCAUGCGACUUUGAUUUUAUGAAUGCGCAAUUCAACACUGACAUUGAGGCCUGGGGCCAUCGAGACGCAAUCUGGCGCCAGCUCAGUAGAGAAAUUCUCAUGAUAAUCUGUGAGGUUUCAGCGCACACAUAUCAAGCAUCUCAAGGGCAGGCCCAAGAUAACGUUCUGGUUUUUCUUCAUAACUGCUGGAUGGCCACAAGCUACCAACUACUAGGAUAUCCCGACCCCCAUUCCGCUUCCCUUGCCACCUUGGCUUCUGACCCAGAGGAGUGGGCUCGAUAUAUUCGAUUCAGCGGCCUCGAGGUUUACGAGAAGCGUUUGGUACCUAGACUCAUAGACUUCACACGCCGUUUAGAAAAGGAGAUUAUGCAUAUCGAAAGUAUGGUAUGUGAAUUAUAUCAAUUAGGAACCACAAAUUGGCCGCUCUACGAGCGUUUUGGUAAAGCCCAUGCUGUGGACUUUCGCGACCGAGUUGAUAGGAUGCUUGAAACCAUCACCGACUUGUUGACUCCCGUUGGAAUUGUGGAUCGGGGAAUCAAAAGCAUUGAUGCAGAGUGGUUCAAUCGAUUAUGGACCCUAGGCCAAAGAGUCAAGGACAUUCGACAGCUCUUGGAUCUGGACAGUAAUGCAUACGAGCACAAUUGGCGCGACCUCUUGUUAACGAUGCCUAUGGCACGCAAGUCGAACCGCAAGCCCCAUCAGAGAUUCUACUUUUUGGCAAAAAGGGAGAUGAUGAAACUGACUGGAAGCCAACUGGAAAAGAUGAAGGAGUUCAAAAAGCGCUUCCAGAAACUACUCAGCCUUGGCGGUUACAAAGUAGUCAUCCCGGGAGAGGACCCCGACGUGCUGAGCAUUGCUCAGCGAUUGUCCGGGACACUCGAUGAUGACCGAGGCAACAAUGACCACGAGAAAGUCAUCAAAGGACCAUCUACAGGCAUAUUCAACGUUGAAGCCGUGAAGAAUCUGGCUCAUCAGCUGUUAAGGGAAGAGAACGAUGCACAGAACGACAUGCUCAAUCGCAUCACGAGUCGCUUGAACAACAAGGCCCCAACCUUACAGGAAGCAGCAGCAGAACAAGCUGGCAUGGUACCUCCGAUACUACCCAAAUUCCAGCAGCUGGGCUUCGAAAACCAGGCAGUGCCGUUGACUAACGUGCAUGAGUUCAAAGCGGACAAUGCUCCGUUCUCCGCGUUCUCCUCGGGAACUAGCUCCCCCUUCCCUCAACACCAACCCAAUCAGCCACCUGCAUGGGUAGCAAACAGUACAGAAGAUCUGGCUACUUGGGUUAACAAUCGACUUGCCGGUGGACCACAAGUCGCCCAUGGUAUCACGCCUCACCCGUAUGCACUUCGUGAGAACCUCACGGUAGAUCUUCAAAACAUGGCUCAAGCCUCACUCCCCAUGCGAAACCCUGCCUCCUUCGCCAACGAGUAUCCUCGGGAAGUGGUACAAGACCACAACUCUGCUUUCGUGGUUGGUCCUCUUGGAGAUAUUGCCCAGGCUUGGGAGCAACAGUUUCAAAUUGGGCAGAGCCCGCCCCCUGCAGCAACUGGGAGCAUAUCUGUGGUCCAAUCUCCUCUUGCACCAACUCGCAGAGACAGCCGGGAUAUUGACAUGACUGACGUCUUAAGCCAAGGACGUCGGGCCACAGUUUUGUCGCACUUUGAUCACAGCAGCAGUGAGACGGACGUAUCAGACGACGAAGCGCAACGGUCGAGAGAGAGCAGCAGUAGCGGAACAACACUCGUUGGGUUUUCGAAUGCUGAGGAGGAGUUGCUUAGCAAGAUAGCAUCAUUCGAAAGGUCUGAGGCGAGAGAAAGGGGUUAUGAUUUGAAGCGAAGGUCAAGCUGGGCACCUCUUUAUUCCAAGAAGAAGAAGAAGAAGAAGAAGAGGGAAACUCCUAAGGCCAAGAGACGUGUUUCCAAGUCGAAGCCUAAGAAGACCAGAGUGCUCAGAACCUAGGGAAAAGGGAACGAACGAAGACGGGGCAAUGUCAUCUUGCGCGUUCAAUAGCUUAGUAUCUAGGUUUGACUUGAGUCGAGACCUUAACAAGGGUUAGUUGGGGGAAGAUAUGAUGUCGGGUUUAAAUGAUGCUGGCUGUGUUUUUAAGUAUUCGGAAUUCAUGUUUUACUAUUAUCUCAAUAUUUCUUCAUUGAUUCUUGACUCUCAAAACACCAACAUUGAAGACCGAGGAAUGUGUCUUGAAGUGCGGGAUCGCAACUUUGGUCACAGGACUUUUCAGCCUGGAAGUGCGCUUUACCAACCAGCAGCCUGGAAGACUUGGAACAUUCCAGGUUGUGAUUUUAGAUUUCUUUGUGCUGGAGGUAGUUUAGUCGUCAAUCGAAGACUAAUCCCUAGC